ACGACGACGCUUGCGUAAAUAUCUCUGUUGCUCUCUACGAUUCACGAAUCAGGUCACGUGUCGCAAUUCGCAAUCUGCAUAUUAACCACGAUACUAACCUGCUUUCAAACCAAACACAUACGCUGCUUUAAUUUUUAUGGUGUUGGUGUGUGGCGGCACGCAUGUUGCUGCAAGAGUUCCAGCUUAACCUCAAAACCGGCGUUUUGCAUAUCGCGGGCAAAAACAAUUGACUUACGAUUGCGUCAUUCAAAAAACAAGUGCCGGAUAUAUUACGGACUGAAGUUGCUCUUUCAAAUAAUUUCAAUGCUGAUUGUAACACCGGUCAGCUAAUUAUUAGAAUCAACGCUGAAAGUGUAGCGGUAGAAAAGAAGAAAGACACACACACAUGUUAUAAAAAUGGCAUUUACGUUUACAACAAUGCAAAGCACCAUGAGGUGUCUUCAAAGUACAAUAACUCAGCGGCAGAUUAGCGCUCAAGUGUUUUUACGAGUCAAAGGCUACAGUCGGUGGACUCAUCGCAAGCCAUCAAAAAUUGUUAACGAGAAAGAUCUGUACAACGAUCAGGAGCACACCGUUCCUCAAAAUAUUCUGCAGACCGCCCAGUUUGCAUUUGCCCGACGACAACGGCUCAAGCUGGCUGAAGACAAGAAAGAAAACGCAAAGAUUCAAGAAGAGCAGAGGGAAGGUGCCACGUUGAACAAUGACGGGACUCCGAUUUUCACUAAACUCGACAGGGACGAUCCCAUAAUAAGCUCUUUAAUGCAAGUCGUAAGAUCGCGUAAAAAAGAUAAGGAUGACAACAGAAUUCUGCUGGAGGGAUUUAGAUUGAUCGAGGAUGCCAUAAAAGCCGGAUGUAUGCCUGAGAUAAUUAUCUUCAGCAGAAAAUCUGACAUUGCCAAAAUAUCUCUACCCAAAGAUGGUGUCAAGCUUUACAAACUUCCAUAUCAAACGAUACAGCUAUGGUCAGAUUUGACUGUUUCCCCAGGCAUUAUGGGUAUAUUCGUAGCUCCCGAUGUAAGUAACAAGGAACCUUCUCCCGAUGCGUUACCAAUAACUGUGAUAUGCGACAAUGUAAGAGAGCCCGGAAACUUGGGAGCUAUUCUUCGGGUUGCGGCUGGAGUCGGAUGCGAGAGAGUAAUUUUAACCAAAGGCUGCGUGGAUCUUUGGAAUCCGAAAGUGCUGAGAUCAGCUGCAGGUGCGCACUUUCGCGUGCCGAUAUACAAAUCACAAACGUGGUCAGAAGUGCAGUAUUUAAUAAGCGAAAAUGCGAAUAUUUUCGUUGCCGACAACAAUUCGGAAUCACCGGUAGAGUCCAAUGUGGAUCUCGGUACUUCAAGCUCUGAUUCUAGCUCAAGUUCAGACUCCGACAGUAGCGACUCCGAGGCUGAGACUGACGCAGGAUCCAAAGAAGGUUUGAAGAAUACCAAUAAAGAUUCUACCGAGAAGUCACCCCGCGAUGCCAAGCUUUCAAAGUCAGAUGAAAAUGCUGAUUCAAAUGAAGCGAAGGUUCGAAAACAAGCCUCUCACAACAUUGCAGAAAAGUUACCGGUCAUCCCGUAUUUCGGUACCGAAUACACAAGUAACGAAACUAUCAUCAUAGUCGGCGGUGAAACGGAAGGCCUGAGUCCAGAAUCUGUUUCUUUGGCUACGCGCAGAGACGGUAUGCGAGUUAAUGUUCCGCUAACGAACGGCGUUGACAGUCUGAAUACCGGAACGGCGUUAGGGAUUCUUCUCUUCGAAAUAAAGAGACAGUUUUUAUCUAGAAUCAACGCGAUAUGACUAAUCUUUCCGUAGGUAUGUGUAUUAUAUGUUAUACGACCAUUAAAUUUGCAACGUUUACGAACUGUAA